AUGGCAGCCAGAGGCGUCAAGAUCGAGCGGCAGGAAUGCCCCGAGUGCGGUUCAGUGAGCAACUCCAAGAACGAGGACGGGAGCAUCACUUGCGACGACUGCGGGACUGUGCUGGUUGUAGGAGAGGAGAUGAACGAGGAUCUGGAGCUCUUCAUGACCGAUCAUGGGACGAUGGACAUGAGCAGGCUGCAGCUCAAGGCGAUCCGCAAGUCCAUCCAGCCCGAGGUGAAGGAGGAGGUGAAGGAGGAGGCGCUUGAGUGGCAAGACAUUGUCUCCGCCUUCCAGCGCUUCGUCCUCGCCAUCACAGAGGCCAUGGUCAUCUCCUGCGGAGCAUCUCCCCACCUCCGCUCCACCGUCGGCUCCAUCUUCCGCAAGUACGUGGAGUGCGCGGGGAGGAGGAGAAGAGGGGAGGGGAAGGGCCCCCCGCCCCCCUGGCCCAGCAAGUUUGGAGCAUCGGGGAUCUUGCUUCCUCCUAGUCUCGCUCUCUCUGUCAACCUGCUCGGCUGCCUGCAUGUUCGCGAGCCGAUCGCCUGCCAUGACAUCGUGCGGUGGGCACAAGAGGGGGAGCAGCUACCCUACUUCUCCUACUGGCAGCACCUCCCGGAGAAUCUUCGGAGGCUGAUGCGACCAAGGUGA